AUGGCGACGGGAAGUAUUGGAGGCCUGGCAAUGCACCAGGAGCGCGGUGCUCGAGAAGAAUACACUCAAGAUGCCAAGAUCUUUGCAGUACAGAAGUUUGCGCCUGUCAAAUAUGAUACUGAAGGGUCGCUGAAAACGUAUCACUGUCUUUGUGGUCAACUUUGUCUCAUCGUUGAUAAAGAACUGGACAUGCUGCCGAUGCGAUCGAAAGACAAGGCCCGAGUUCUCGACCCGAAAUUCACCGUCUUUCGAACUCCAGGAAUCGUCGCUCAUGAAGGGAUCCUAGCUUCUGCUGAAUCUCCCACUUCUAGCGUAAAUAAAUCAAUUUAUAUCAAGUGGAAAGAUGGAUACGAAGAGAGAACGAGACAUCUUUGUAAACGGUGUGAGCUGCCUAUACUUUAUGCUCAUACGGAAGGUGGUCCUAUGUUUCUCUACCCGGACUCGCUAGAAAGCAGCGAGAAGCACGUGAAUGUCGCUGGAGAAAAGGUCGAAACGAAGUUGAAACGAGAAAUCAAAGAUCUUGGAAAAUUCGGAACCGUCACGAUCUCGACAAUCGACGAAGACGAGGAUGAAAUGGAAGCGAAGGAAAUUGCUGAUUCUUACACAGCGAAUGCUAUCGUUAUCGCCAAACAACUUGCAAGAAAAGGAUAUUCAUCCCUCAAACGCGGCAAACCAAACGAACAAUUUGAAAACUCGAAGAAGAAACGCGGAACGCUGCUUGACUACGACUGGUAG